GCCGGGGCUAGUGUGGGAGGGGGUGUCCGCUUGCUAGCCGGUCUCGCGCCUCUGGUCGUUGCUGGUCGGUGGCGAGUGAGUGACAAGCCUGUGAGCUUCAGAGGCUGUGGCCGCCAGGUUGAUGACAUUUAAAACAUCUUUUAAAAAUCCUUUGUCUUGGCGACCUUGUUGACAGUUCAGUGAACCUCCUUCAAAACAUUUCCUAGGUGUUUUGUGCAUCUGCUUUGCAGUGAUAGCACACAAAACUAAUAUAGUUAUGGCGACUUUGCAGCCUUUCAGAAAUAGUCAUGUGAAACCUAGAGCAUCUGUCAGAAAAAGCUUCAGUGAAGAUGUAUUCCAGUCUGUAAAGUCUUUAUUACAGAGUGAGAAGGAACUAUGCAGUGUAUCAGACGAGGACUGUUUAAAGCAGGACGAACAUGCCAAUUUAACUGAGGUCACAUUUCUGGGCUUUAAUGAAGAAACAGAUGCUGCUCAUAUACAGGAUUUAGCAGCAGUGUCUUUGGAACUUCCAGAUCUUCUGAAUUCACUCCACUUCUGUAGUCUAAAUGAAAAUGAAAUUAUUUGUAUGAAGGGUAUAAAUAAAUCAUCAGAUAUCAACAGUGGUCCUCUAAAUCAGAGUCAUCAUUCUGGAAUGCUUUGUGUCAUGAGAGUGUCACCUAUAUUACCAAGACUCAGAAUUGAUUUUAUCUUUAGUCUCCUAAGUAAAUAUGCUACUGGUAUAAGAUAUACCCUGGACACGUACUUGCAUCAGAACCGCCAGCUUGAGACCACUCAUGAAGAUGAUGAUGACACUAACCAGUCUGUGUCUUCCAUAGAGGAUGACUUUGUCACUGCUUUUGAGCAGUUGGAGGAAGAAGAGGCUUCAAAGCCAUAUAAUGAUGGAAUAAACAUUACUACACCACGGAGCCAGUGUGAUAUGGCUUCUCAGACUAUGUGUGGUCACCAUACGGAAACCCAUGAUUUAAAGAUUCUAGUCAGCUCUAGACAGCAGAAGUCGUUGGCUAAACCCUCAUCUCCCUUAAUAAAAGUUCUGGGACAUAAAGAACCACAUUCUGUAAAAAAUUCAGUCACAACUUCAGUUUCAGAGUCUUGGAUCCAAAGGAGUUUCUAUAGGUCAUCUAAUGCUUCAGAUAAAAUCAGUGAUGCACAGAAAACAUUUUUUUCUUCUUCUCCUGCCUAUUCUUCAGAAUCAGAAUGCUCAAGUCCAAGUCCUGUUAUUUUCUUGGAUGAAGAAGGAUAUCAGAAAAGUUUAAAAGCAAAACUUGAGCUGCCUAAAAUUCCUGUGAUGAAAGAUGAUAUAGAGGAUUCAGACUCAGAAGUAAGUGAAUUUUUUGAUAGUUUUGAUCAGUUUGAUGAACUAGAACAAUCCUCAGAGCCUUCCUGUCUAUUUAUAAAUGACCCUGUUGAAGGGAAGUCAUUGCGAAAGAAAGGACUCAAACAUGAAAAAUCUUGUAUGAAUCCUCAGAAAUUCAAGUCUGAUUGCCCAGCUCUUCCAGCUAAUGUUAAAAAGCCAACUCCUCGUAAGCCAGAAUCUCCGUAUAGCAACCUGUGUGAUGCUCCAGAUUCUCCCCGUCCAGUAAAGGCGUCAGGGGACGACAGUGGUUUGUUUAGCCCUAUUCGAUCCUCUGCUUUUAGUCCUCUUGGAAGCUGUACUCCUGCUGAAUGCUUUUGCCAUACAGAUAAUGGUGGAAAUCAGACCCAUGAUUCCGUUUAUUACACCUAUGAAGAUUAUGCAAAUAGCAUUUCAUGUAAAGUACUAGAGUCAGUUCUUCAUAACCAACAUACUAAUGAAAUGUCAAGCUUUAAUAGUAUUAAAAGAGGAGAAAAUAAAACUGUUGCUUUUAAGCAUGGAAACCUUGAUCAAAAAAGUAACUAUAAAAAUAAAUCUUUAAUGAUUAAAGAUAGCAUUCAGAAAUUUGCCGCAGAUCUUGUAGAAAAAAGUUUUGGCAGUGCAUUUAAAGACUUACAGAAAGGAGUCUCUUCAUGCACCAAUGCAUUGUGCCACUUAGCCAUCAAAUUGACAUCAUCUGUUUUUCAGAUGGCAUUUAAUGAACUGAGAAGGCAGCAUGCAUUUUCACUGAAACAACGUGCCAUUAGUGGCCUGGCUAAUUUUUUGGUGAGUGAAGCCUUUUCACAUGCCUUAAAAGAUUUACAGUAUGUAAAGAAGCAGAUAUUUACAAACACAGUCACUAGGUUUGCUGCAGAUCUUGCCGAAGAGCUUGUUUUUGAAGGCAUCAUGGAAGUAUGUCAGUUUUCAUAUCCUUCAACACCUGCAUCUCCGCAGUGUCAGUCAUUUGAUUUUGAAGACAAAGUAGUGAAGUCAUAUGCAGAAGAUUUGUCUGAGUCUGUAAUACAGGAAGCAUUCAUUGAGCUAUCUCAAGUUGAUGUGCCCUUCACAACAAAGGCAGCAGUUAGUGUUUCUACAGAUAAUAUUAAAUAUGUGAAUGCAGAAAGUGUAGUGCCAUUUACACAGACCUUCACAUUUUCCCCUUUUAACAAUCAAGCAAUUAUGGUGACGAAACCAGUGCAGGAAUACAAAAAGGAGUACACUGUGCAGCAGGCCUUGCUUUGUACUUCAGGAAUUGUCACUUCUAUUCCAGUGCCCUUGGCAGGAAGUGCCCUUCUCCCAUAUCAUAUUUCCUCUACUCUAUGUCAGACAAAUUCUCAUCUGUCACUUGAUGACAGUAAUUCAAAUGGUGAUUUUACCCAAGAACAUGUUAUGGGAAAAAACAAAGAAGAGGAAGUAGCUUGUCUCAGAAACAUUUGUUUACCUUCAGAACACAAUCUGGUAAGGCAGAAUGAUUGUAAACCAACUAGUAAUGAUAUUGAAAUUCAAAGUUCUUCAAAAUUAACAAGUGAUCCUGUGAUUAUUAGCAACUUUUCUGCAGCAGUGGUGCAUACAAUAGUAAAUGAAACUUUAGAGUCAAUGACACCAUUCAGUGUUACAAAAACAGCUGAUGAAAAUACAGAUUAUUUAACUAAAACAAUAAAAGGACACACCUCUCCUUUCUCUCAUCAAGCAGCACCACAACAGGGGGAAAGUAGCAAUAAGGACAUGUUUGCUGAACUGUUAUCUAAAUCUGUUAUUAAAGAUUCCAUAGAUACAAGCAAAUCAAUGAUCUCAACUACAGAUACAAAUACUGUACCUAAGGAAGACUUGCCUGUUGCUGGAGAGGAAUCACAGUUGACUUCAGAAAAGGUCCCUAAAUUUCUUGAUGCCCAAGAUCACUUACCUUGCUGUUCACUUUCCAUGAGAAAGGAUUGUGUUCCUGAAUGUAAAGAUUCGAUGGUUCAUGGAAUUUCUUUAGAGACACUACCAUCUUGUCCAAUGAUGGCAAGUCAGAAACCUGAUCUGAAGGAACUGGCUAAGGAUAAACCAGUGAAAAAGCAUCAUUUGAAUGAUACAGCACUUGAGCCCUUGUCUUUUGGACAGGAGAGCCCUUUCCGUCACUCACAUACUUUCUCAUCUACAGUGCUUACCUGUGUAGAUGGUUUGCAUGUGGAGGAUAAACAGAAAAUCAGAGACAGAAAUAUAAUACCUGAUACUCCUCCGUCAACUCCUCUUGUUCCAUCCCAGGCUAGUUCUGAAUGGGAUAUCAAGAAGUUAACAAAAAAGCUCAAAGGGGAAUUAGCCAAAGAAUUUGCACCUGCUACACCACCUUCUACACCUCACAACUCAUCUAUUGGUAGUUUGUCUGAAAGUGAACACACUACUAUAGAAAAAGAAGAGUUCAUGUUGAAACUCAUGCGGUCUCUUUCAGAAGAAGUUGAAAGUAGUGAAGGUGAAGAACAUCCGGAAAUGAAUGUGAAGUCAGAGCACUCAGGGAAGAAACUGCAGUUUGCAGAAGCAUUAGCUACACAUAUAAUUUCUUUUGCAACUGAAAUGGCAGCUUCUCAUUUAGAUCAUAAAAUAACCCAAGAACCUGAGGUUCAAAAACCUUACUUCAGUGUGCAAAGUCAGGGAAGAGUAUUGCCUAGUUUUUUAAGUCAUUCUGAUGAAAAUUUUCAGACAUGCAUUUUUGCAGGUGAUAUGGCUGCAGAAAUCAUUACAGAAGCUGAGAAAAUAGCAAAAGCUAGAAGUUCUGUACUUCACAGACAAAAGAAUCUUUGUUUCAUUGAUGGGGACCAAGAUUAUAGAUCAGAAGAGAAGUUGGAUAUGGAGGUUGUAGCAUACCCAAGAGAAGUGGAUCCAUUUAUUCUUUCAUUACCACCAAGUUCUUCUGUGUCAGGUCUGACAUACAAGUAUCCCAGCUGUGAAAGUGUGACAGAUGAAUAUGCAGGUCAUGUUAUUCAAAUAUUAAAACAGGAAGGUGGUAACAGUGAGUUAAUACUGGAUCAGUAUGCCAGUAGACUUGCUUAUCGGUCUGUUAAGUCAGGUUUACAAGAAGCAGCUAAGACAGCCAAAAUGAAGUGCAACUCAAAAAUGUUCCCUGUGCAAAGUGCACAAGUGAAAAUAAAUAGUGAACUGUUCAUGUUCUCGCACAAAGGACACCACCGAGAAGUAGGUAAAAGUAAAAGAAAAAGAAAUGGAGGUCACCUUUGUCAGAAUCAAAUGUGUGAAAGGACAAGAGAUACAUGUAGAAAUGAGGACUCUCACCUGUAUAGUUUUUCAGCCUCUCUUGCUCACUGCAUAACAAGAGAUGUUAAAAAAGAGCUGACGGCACCUAAAGUUGACUUGCUAAAAUCCUUAACAGAUUCCUGCCUUUUUGAAAAAUCUGGAUAUGUUGAAGAUACUGAAUGUCUUACAGAACCAGAAUUUUCUAAGCCUCCUCAGCCUUCCUCACAAAAUCAAGGAUUUCACCACAGUACAGGCAGCUUAAAUGGACAGGCUUGUGGAGAGAAUAUUGUUCAAGCUCUAGAACAGUAUGCUAAAAAAGUAGUGGAUGAUACUUUAGAGUUAGGUCUAGGAUCCAAAGUUUUCCAAGCAUCUGAGACCACAAAAUCAGUAGAUAGGAUCACUUAUGCAGAAAAGUUGUCACCUCUUAUAAGUCAGAAUUGCAGAUACUGUGACCUUAAUGAACUCCAUGAUUGUACUAGAAAUUCAUCUCCACACUUUUUCAGACAGGAUUCACGUGUUAGUAGUAAGCUAGUUACAAAUUCAAAGUUUAACAACUAUCAGAAAUCUAGAAUUUUUCAUCUUGAUGUCCCUCAAAUUCAUGUAAAUCUUGACAAAAAAUCAUUACUUGCUGAGAAGAUAGUUGCUGAAGCUAUUGAAAGAGCAGAGAGAGAGCUGAGCAAUACCAGUUUGGCAGCUGAUAGUGGAAUUGGACAAGAUGGCAUUAGUUUUGCUGAAAGCCUAACCACAGAAAUAAUGACAUCAGCCAUGACGAAUGUUGGACAUACUGUCAGCAGUUCAAAAGAAAUAGAAGAUGCCCAGUCAACUGAGUCACUUGGUAGCCAGCAGAUGAAUCUCAGUAUUGGUGAAGACAGCAUUGGUAGCUGGUCCAAUUUAAGUUUUGAGGAUGAACACCAAGAUGAAAGCAGCAGUUUUCAUCAUCUAAGUGAAAGCAGUAAUGGUAACAGCAGUAGCUGGAGCAGUCUUGGUUUAGAAGGAGAUUUGUAUGAGGACAAUUUAUCCUUUCCAACAUCAGACAGUGAUGAACUGGAUGAUAAAGAUGAAGAGCAUCAGGAUGACGUAGAAGGUUUGGAGCAAGAUGAAAAGACUUUGCUGAUUAUGAAUAUUGACAUGGAGCCAUGCACAGUAGAUCCCCAGUUAAGGAUUAUCCUUCAGUGGCUCAUUUCUUCUGAAGCUGAAGUUACAGAACUUUAUUUUCAUGACUCAGCAAAGAAGGAAUUCAUACUACUUUCAAAACGGUUACAAGAAAAAGGAUGGAAAGUAGGAGACCUCCUGCAGGCUGUGCUUAAAUACUAUGAAAUGGUGGAAAAAGCUUCCAGUGAGGAGAGAUGCAAGUCACUGUUUGAUUGGCUCUUGGAAAAUGCAUAAGACAAACCCCAAACCAGUACAUUUUAUUAUUUGUUUUGAAAGGGGAAGAAACAUAAAUAUGUUUAGGAUAAAUAUGAAUGGUAAAUAUGAACAUUUUAGGUGAUUUGGGAGAAAAGUAAAUACAGCUUUUUAAGUGCUUUCUGUCAUUACAGUGUAUAUAGUUCACACUUUUGUAAUGGCUGUUAAAAUACUAUCUUUACCUGUUCUUCUGUACGCAUAUAUGGUGUGUGUAACAUAUAUGUGAAGGAAGGAGGGAAGGUCUUACCGUAAGGCUUCUGGAGACAUUGUCUGACACCAUUCUUUUUGCAUCCAAAUAGUGGUUAGGGAGAGGUUCCAGUGAUGAGAGUUAUAAUUGCUCCUUUGCAAACAAAUGGUGUCUUGACUAAUGACUCAUCAGAUCAAAAAAAUAAAAUUGAGGCUGAUUUCUUUUGGGAAGGCUUUUGGACUUUUUGUCCUGUUUUUAAAAAUUAGUUUUAUGUCAAGAGUUCAGCUAUUGACAGCUUUUUGGUUCCUUACAAACUGUAUAAGUUUUUAGUAGAAACAUUAUUGUUUUAGGUUUCUGUGAAUACCGUAAGUGAUAGUUUCCCAGGCCUUCCAUCAAAUGACAUUUGCUAAUGCCACCAAUUGUUUUGGCAUGAAAGUGGUCUGUGUGUAUGUGUCUGUGUAAAGGAGAACUUUAACCUUGCCAAUGGUUUUGUUUUCUGUUUUAUGCUACUCUUUUCUUAGUUAGAAACCAUUGUAAACAUUAACAAGGUGCUUUAAAAUAAAAUGCCUAUAAAGAUUAUGCAGUUAGCGUUUUUGACUUAUAAAUGAAAAUUCAAGUUGCAAAACAGUGAAAUUUAAAAAAUAAUGUUAAUAUGGAAAUGCAUUCAGAGGAACCUAAUGUAUUUCAUUGUUGGAUUUUUGGGGAAAAAAAAAAAAUCCUGCUUACCAAGCAUAAGUUUUCUCUAGAAAAGUUGUGACCCUACUCCUUAUGUUGUCUGCAUUAUUUUGUAAAGUUAUGUGCAUGAUCUUUCUGGGCUCUACAUUUCCUACUACUUUGUCUUCAGAAACUGCAAGGUGACAUGAAUAAAAGGACCAAGAUGUGUCUUGGUUUUAUAUGUGUGGGUAUGUAUGUGCAACUUUUUAGUUUUUCCAGUAGUGGCUUUUGUAAUCUAGGAUAAAUUGCUUUUUGUGAGGGCUUUGGGUUUUUGUUUUUUUUUUACUCUAUUACAUUUUUUCCCUCCAAAUACUGACUAUUCUAUACAUAAGGAAUAGGUAAUCAGGGUAAUUACAUGAGUUUGAAUUAAUAGUUAUGGUAGAAAAAUGUUUUGUAGUGAAAGAUUCAGGUUUGCUUUUUAAGAAGCAAAUGUCAAAAGCUACUUAAAUAUUUACAUUGUAGACUUUGGUUUUCCCCAAGUUAAGAUACAGGUAUAGGAUGAUCCUUAAACAUGAAUUUUCUUUAAGUUUCUUCAAGUAUCUUUUGAUGUAAAGAAAAGAAGGAAAUGUAUCACCAGAAUUGUUUCUGCCUUUAGGUUUUCAGAAUUUGAAAUGAGGCCACACUGGACUGGAGUUUAAAUGUUAAGACCAGGAAUGUUUGCUCUUGUUAGUUGUAAGGUAGAUUAAUCAAUCAAGUUCAGAUUGCGUUUUUACAAGUAACUAUCAAAUCAUUAUUUAGUAAUUUGAAUGUAAAUAUGAGUUUGAGUAACAACAAAACUGGGUUCUGAAUUUCUUUUAAAGUGACAAUGACAGUAUAUUUUGUAAAAGUUUCUGCGUUUGAAAUGCUUAUGUUUAUUUAUGUUAAUGAUAUAAUCAUUUUGAGGUAAAGUUUUUGACAUAUUCUUAUUUCUUUUGCAUUUUGCUGGAGCUGGAGCUGCGUUCAGAGUUCCAUUAUCUAACCACUACCUACUGACAUACCAGUCAUUAGGUGUUAGCAUGAGUGAUUAUAAUAAUAGUGGAACUCCAUAUUUGCAUCAAUUCAGUGCAGGGGCAUUAAGAAAAAUAUUAAAUAUUGGUAUAUGUAAAAAGAAAUAUGAGUUAUAAGACUUCCUUAUAUAGAGAGAAUGUUUGGACAGUAUCUUUUAAUCAUAUUCAUAUACAGUCUAAAUUUAACUUUCUUUAAAGACUAUUUGUGAUUUUCCGAAGACAUUGUAGAUCUGUUUGGUUGCUCAGUCUUGAAAGCAGCUCUGUUGAGGACAGCUUUGUCUUAUUACAAGCUUGACAUAUUUAUAUUGUAACAUCGUAAUAUUGCCAUUCUGUACAUUUUGGUCCUAAUGAAAUAUGUCUUACUCAAAAUUGUUAAAAUUGUGAUGUGCAAUUGUUAAAAUUGUGAAGUCUUUGUUUACCAGUUUUGAAAUCAUCAUGUAAUCCAUGGAAAGUGAAUGAAACCUGUGAUAAAGGGUUUUCAGAACAUUAUUUCAGUCUAAAAUAGGGCAGUUCUUUCAUGUUCUUUUCCUAAUCCAAGGUUAAAUUACAUUUGUAUUUUGGGCAUUAUUCAUGUUGAUUUUGAAAAUACUUCCUGCUUUAUUCAAAAUGAAUGAUUCAUUUAUAAAUCACAAAAGAAAAUGACAAUGUCUCUUGGAUGAAUGCGUAUGAUUUAGUGGCAUUAUAAAACCUUUGAGAGUAUUUACUCUGAACAUAUGUGAUACCUUUAUACUUUGAAAAAUGUUGCACUUACCCUUUCAGAUAUUUUAUGUGAAUUAACUCAAUUCAUAAUCUUUAAUUCUGCUUAAGUAAGGGCUUUAUAUUCCUGGUAGGAGAAUUUAAUUACUUAAGUACAUUGUGUACAAAAGGAAAGAUAAUUUACCUGUUUGACAAUAGGUAAAUUUGACGUGCACGUUCCCCAAAUGUAAAGCUUAAUUUUCAUUCAUUAGAUUCCAAUCUGAUGAUAUCUACUUAAUUAUUUAGCUAAUAUUAUUCCACAGUUAAUGUAAUCAAUUUCCCACGAGUAUAUCACUUUACAUUUUGUUUUUCAAAGAAAACUUUACACAGAAUAUUUAAAAUGAUGCAUCCAUACUCAGGGGUUAGGGAAGAUACUUUCCAUUUACAGCCCUGUUCACCUUUACCUGCAUAAGAGAAGAGCAUCAGUGGGAAUUAAAAAAAUUGUACUAUGAGGUGAGAUGCAUUUUUUUUCAUUUUCAGAAAAAACCUUGCAAAACAUUUAAUCAUUUACUGUAUUCUUGCUCUGAAGAUGCAGAUACAGUGUUAGUCACUCUUGUCACUUUAAUUUAUUUAUUUUUUUAUCAUCCAUGUACAUUCCUUUCAUUUAGAGUUGUAGUUGUAGAAGUUCUCAUUUGUUAUUGUUGUUGUAAUGUUUGAAUACUGUUUAAUACCAGGUUUUAAUAUUGCUGAAUUUGCUACCUUUGGUUACUUGUGCAGUGUUAAAAGUAAUCCACAUUCUUGUUUAAUUACCAGAUAUAUAGCAAAAGAAGCUUUGAAUAAUUAUAACUGUUUAUUUGGCUGUGCACAGUUAUUACAUAAAGAUCUUAUACCGUAUUACAGUAACUUUUUUUGCUCUUCAGUAAUUAAGUGUUCGCUUACCAAAGUAGGAACUUCAGGAUGCACUAAACUUUUGUUUUAGUAGUGGCUUAAAAAAAAAGAAGUUUCAAAAAUUACUUUUGUAAUAAUUUGCAAUUAAUUUUUCUUUUAUCUUACAGUUGUUUAAGCCUGUGAUCUUUCCUCUGCCAACUAAGAAUUCUUCAAUAAAUUUAAGAAAUGCCCA